CCUCCGUCUUCCCCGCAGCAAGGAGAGCUCAACUCCUUCCUCUGGACCAUUCGCCGUGACCCCCCCGCUUAUCUCUUCGGCACCAUCCACGUGCCCUACACGCGAGUUUGGGACUUCAUCCCUGACAACUCCAAGGCCGCCUUCCACGCCAGCUCCAGCGUGUACUUCGAGCUGGACCUCACGGACCCCUACACCAUCUCGGGGCUGGCCAGCUGCCAGAUGCUGCCCCACGGGGAGAACCUGCAGGACGUGCUGCCCCGGGAGCUGUACCGCCGCCUCAAACGCCACCUGGACUACAUCAAGCUGAUGCUGCCCCACUGGAUGACCCCGGACCAGCGGGGCAAAGGGCUCUAUGCCGACUACCUCUUCAACGCCAUCGCCGGGAACUGGGAGCGCAAGAGACCCGUCUGGGUGAUGCUCAUGGUGAACUCCUUGACGGAGACGGACAUCCGCUCCAGAGGGGUGCCGGUGCUCGAUCUCUACCUCGCCCAGGAGGCCGAGAGGAUGAAGAAGAAGACGGGUGCGGUGGAGCGGGUGGAGGAGCAAUGUCACCCGCUGAACGGGCUCAACUUCUCCCAGGUGCUGUUUGCUCUAAACCAAACUCUGCUCCAACACGAAAGCCUUCGAGCAGGGAGUCUGCAGGCUCCUUACACCACUGAGGAUCUCAUCAAGCACUACAACUGUGGAGACCUGAAUGCUGUCAUAUUCAACCAUGACACUUCUCAGGUCCCAAACUUCAUCAACACAACACUCCCACCCCACGAGCAGGUGACAGCUCAGGAAAUAGACAGCUACUUCAGACAGGAGCUCAUCUACAAGAGGAAUGAGAGGAUGGGGAGAAGAGUGAUGUCACUUCUAAGGGAGAACAGAGACAAGAGCUUCUUCUUUGCCUUUGGAGCAGGUCACUUCCUGGGUAACAACACUGUGAUUGAUGUACUGAGACAAGCAGGAUUUGAAGUGGAGCACACCCCUCCUGGACAACCAAUUGGAAACUCAAGGACAGCAAAGACAAGCCCAGCCUUGGAGGGACCCUCAGUGACAGCCCUGCCUCCUGUCCAGCUUUCUGAGCAGGUCCCUCUGGCAUCUCCUUCCCUGAAGCCGCAGCAGAUGGACGAAGAAGACAGCCUGUCUCCUCACCUCUUGUUGCCUGACAGCAUCAGCCAGCUGGAGGAGUUUGGCAGGCAGAAGAAAUGGCACAAGAAGCAGCACAAACACCAUCGCCAGAGGCAGUUCAAUGACCUCUGGGUUCGGAUAGAAGACAGCACCACCACGUUGCCUUCCUAUAUCAGGAUAACCAAUGGCUACAUCACAGUCAAACCUCCCAUCUGGAUUUCCAACCAGCUGGAUCAGAGGCCACGUCCCGACCGCCCAUCCCAGCCCCAGCCCACGAGCUCAGCCCCAGCCAGCCUUUCAUGGCCAUCAGUAACAUUUCCUCUCUGCAUGGCCAUAGCUUCUUUUCUUCUGAACCUACUGCAGCCCUCCUGACCACAUUAGUAUUGCGUCCAAUCCCCUGGAAUAGAGAAGAGAGAUAAUUUAUGAAUGAAUUGGAGUUUAAGACAGCAACAGUUCCAAGCUGGACCUUCUCAGUGACUCAGUAGUGCCUUCUAGCUGAUUUUGUCUCUUUGCCCAGAUACAUUUUGAAACUCUAAAGCUUUAUUGUAACACUGACUUACAUCUUCUUUUUGUAGAAGGAUCUUUAUUUCCCAUAGUGCUAUGGGGUUUUGUAAAAUAUACAUGUUCAUAUAAAGAAAAAAAAAAAGAAAAAGAAAAAAUGUAUUUAUUCAACUGGUAAACUUAUUUUUCUUGUUGUAUAUGUUAAUAACAUCCCUAUUAAUCUGUAGCGAUGGUGAAACAGAUAAAUUAAUAUUUUCUAUAUUUGUUUUCUGAUAACUCUGCAAAUGUCUGAACUGACACCAAAUGAAUGCUUUCUUUGUUUCUUUAACCAUUACAUUUUACAGCAACUGCCCAAUAAGUACAUUUCUGCUGAACUUCUUUAUUUUACUUCUUUUGUCUCAUUAGUAUAGCUUACUCUGAAUAAAGCAGAUCCUGCUCUCUGGGGCCUGUUCCCAUUGGAAAAAUAAGUGCAUUCUUAACUCAUUAGCUGCCACAAUCUAAAAUCACAGUUAUUUUUACAUGAUCUAGUAAGUCAUUAGUCAGGAUAAUCCUCUACAUUCCCCCUGUUUUCUUUAACUAAACUAUUUUACUUCUUUGGAAAUCACCAGGUUCCCUCUUUGCCCUGGGAUUAAUUCACCAGCUAACACAAAUUAAGACACCUUUUUCUUAAUAAAAAAUUGCUUUUAAAGUCUGGAAUAAUCCUACUUGGAAUUAUUUUCUUCCUCAUUUUACAUAAGCAUAAGCCUACAACCUUUUCUAGCAUAAAUGAGAAGAGAGCUUGGUGUGUCUAUAGGUUAUAAAGAUGUAGUGUCCUGUUAAUCUAUAGAACUCCUUUGUAUGUUAUAUUAAUGCCCAUGGACAACCUGGAAGCAAAAAACAUCUACACUUUCCUUUUUCUCUUGCUGCCAUGAGCUGAUAGAGCCUAUAUCCCUGUGCUGAAAUAAUUAUGUCUUGUCCAAAAUCUGCUCAACACCACAGGAAUCAAAGUAACCCCCAUGAGACAUUCAGAACAUUUUUCCAUUUUUAGACUAUAGUACCUGACUUAGAUGGAAAAGUUAUGACACCUUACCCUCACUGAAAAAUAUGCUCCCCAUCCAAAGAGCUGUUGUUGAGGAAUGAGAUUUACAUCAUCUAUGGGGGAAAAAAACCGUGGUGCCAUCUUAAAAAUUAUUAUGUUUAAAAAGGCAUGUAGAUGUUUUUUCACCACCAGAACAUGAUGAAAAGUCUCUUUGGAUACAAGAGUUCAGAAAAUGAGUUUUGGUUGAAAUAAUGGGGUUUUUUUCUAAGUCAUCUACAAACCAAAAGUCAAAACUAUGUGAUGAAAUAAUCUAAUUUAGAAAACAAGUCUCAAAAUCAGAAAAAUACAAUACAAGCUUUUCUUUAUGGAAAAGCAGUGCUUCUUCACCUUGGAAAAAAAAGAUAAUGACAAAAAUUAUGAUAACAUUACUGAUAAAAUUCUGGCUGAAACAACCCUGUAAGUUUCCCAGCAGCCCUACAGCUGAGUCUCUGGAGCUGCAGAUGAUUCCAUGCAAUCUGCAAGAGUCUGCAGUCAGAGAGAGUUCAGAAUUCAGUUUGCUCGUUUCAUACCAGUUAUUUUAGGAAAGUAAGUUAGAAAGUAACUAGACUGCAAAAAUCACAGGGUUUCAUGAUGGAAUACUGAGCAUUUCCAUCAUGCCUCCCUUGCAAAGGCCAGGGACAAUCCAGGUAACUUCUUUUUAACAUACCAUGAUCCCCAGCCUUUGCUCUAGUUUUGACAGCAGGUUGUGUAGGUUUCUGGUCAAUUUAAGUGGGUAAUAGCACAGGGUGCUAUAAGCUUCCCCACACACACUUUUUUUGUUUGUAAGUACAACAGUUGGUCUCUUCCAGCUUGGUUAUUCUGUGAUUCUGUGAUAAGGCUGAAUGGAAAACUUUGAGCUUUGCCCCAAAUGUGAGAUUCAAACAGACCCUGUGCAUACUUUCAUAUUGUGUAUUUUGGCUAGCAGAAGAUUAGAGAUGUUAGUUUUGGACACAAGCCAUUCACCUUGCAUAAUAUUUACUGCACAGAGAUGGAUAUUGGAAACAUAUUUUGAGAACUUUCAUUUUGGUUUUAUUUGAGCUAUUACUCUAGAAAUGCCUUCAUUUGAAUAUAAUGGUUUAAGAGACCUUCAAAUUCAAUAUUAAUGCAUUUUAAAAAGAUUAUUGGUUCUCCUGAUGUGUUCAAGGCAGAGAUGAAAACUGAAUUAUAAUGUCUUAUUUACAAGAACAUAACUGGAAAUAAGGUAGGUAAAUCUUAAGGGUGAUGAUAAGUUACAUAGUAAAAGUGAACAGCCAACAAACCAAAACCCAUUGAAUUUUAUUUGUUAUAACCAGAUCGUAUCCAGAAAUUAUUUUGUGGUACUGUCCCAGGAAUAAUUUCAGGUGUUGGAAAACCUACAGUAUAAAUAGACAAGGCCAUGUAAAGAUAAGGGAGAGAAAAAAUAAGAGAAAACAGAAACAAUUUGUCCAAGACUGUAAGGAAAACAAACAACAGGACCAAGACUAGAAAUUACAAUUCUGAAGUUUCCCAAUCUGUGGCUUUCUCCAUAAACCUCUGGGGCUCCUUUUUAUUUUAUUUUAUUUUUAUUUUUUAAUAUGAGAAGCACACAGAUCUCUCCACGCUCCAAGCUGUCACUGUGCUGCACAGAAUAAUCACUCUUAUCACCAGUGAGGCUUUCUGAGUCUCUCCUGCACUGGACAGUGACAUUCAAUAUUCAUUAGUUCAGAUACUGUGGUGUGUCUGGCUAUUACAGGAUGUGAAUUGGAUAUCAGAGUAUGUUUUAACAUCUUUGCAUUUCCUGGCAUUUUAUCUGUAAUUCUUGGUAAUUAAUGAAUUUUACUGGAACCCUUGUGCUGGUGCCUCACAUUUGUGCAGUGCAAGGUCAAAACAAGGUGUUCCUUGAAUGUGGGGUCUAUGCACCUGAUUUUUGCCACUGAGCAGCUCCCUCAGUCAGCUGAGCUCUCUCUGCCUCAGGGAGGAGACAUGACUUAAAGGUUAAAUAGGUUUCUGUGGAUCUUAGCUCAGGAACCCCACAUGAAUGGCUUCAGCACAGGUCUCUAACCAAACACUGUUUUUUUUCACUCUUGUCUUACCCUAAAAUACGACUUAGGGUCACUUUCUUCAAUGCAGGACCUGUAUGCAGAGCAGUGCUGGAUAAUGGACCUUCACUGUGGCUGAUAAAAUGGGUUCUUUACUAAUCAGCUAUGGCAGCCCAGCAUUAAUUAAAACAUUGUAGUACUGGUUAGCACAGACUUAUGCACAUUGUCACAAUAAAUCAUGAUUUCUGAAUUUCUAAUGAUUUUCUAAACCAUGAGAUUAAAACCUGGACCAGAUUUGAUACAUGCUCUGGAAGCAACACUGACUACCAGCUUCAGGGGGCUUCAGUUUCCUCUGUGGGCUUCUCAGAAAACUAAAAACUGACUCGACUCUUUCUUCCAAAGGAAAGCACAAGAUUCCAAGAGCAGGAGAUUUAGCAAAAACAUUCAUGCCCACCACAUAUAAUAGAAAACACUGGUGAUCCUGCUUAUCUCUGAGAAACACCAUCAGGAGAGACACCCAGAUUCUGGCAGUGUGGGACACAACUUUGGAUGAGUCUAAAGCUCGAUGGUCACUGAUUCAUCUUCUCAACCCAGCUGCAAGGGACACCAACACAGUUCUCAUUAAAUGUAACUGUAGCAUUGUAAACAAAUACUGAGUAUCUGCCAAGAUCUUGCCCAGGCGAAAUAAAUAAUCUCAUAUCAUCAGCAAAUCUAAUCUCUCCUCUUUCAGUGUUUUAAUGCUUUUCUUGCUUAACUACAGAUACUAUAUUAAUAUGCACUGCCACUUGGAGAACCAGUCAGUAAGCUGGGACAGAAGGUAUUUUAUAUUUUAUGACUGAUGUAGUUUCUCUUCAAUCCCUCGAGCUGUUGAAUAAUGCAAUACAUCUUCUGGCAAUAAAUGAUGAACGUGAUUUAUGAUAACUAUGCUUUAUACAGGUGUCAAAAAUCUGCUUUGUUGAACUUCCCUUCCCAUUCCUCCAAGCUCCACUGUAAUUUAGGAAUACCCAAGGUACAGAGUUGUAUAUUUAUCUAAGUUCUUCAAUAUACAAUUGUGGAGAAAGAGAGAGAUGGAAAGAAGGAGAACUUAAUCUGUGUUUAGUGCAUUGAUUAGUCAAAUGAUAUGACUCAGUCAUUACCAUAUACCACUGUUAGGGAGGAAUUUCCCAUCAUAUAUUUUUGUUAGAGAAACCAAAGUGCCAAAGUUAUUAUCUCAGCAUAAAUGUUACCAUGCCAAACUUUGCUUAGUACCGUAUUUCUGUAUUAUAUCUAAAAAUUAUAUGGUCUUGUCAUAUCUCUGAAGUGAUCAAUGUUCCAUGGAGUGUGCUAAAACUCAACUUCAAUUUAAGCAUGUUUCAGCUUAACUGAAGCAGAAAGAUAAUUUGCUGAGGUUUGAGAUCAUAGGGAGGGUGUGUGUGUGUGUGUGUGUGUGUAUGUCUGUCUGUGUGUACAUUCACAUGUGUGUGUUGUCUGUGUUCUGUCCCAACCCAAAUUCAGCCUUUCCUGUGACUAACAUUUCAGGAGGCACCUUAAUCUAGGUAAAGGCAGAGAGGUCUUUGCAAUAAGUAGGCAAUAUUUUCCUUCUACGGGACUGAUUAACCAUCCUGCAGAUUCAUGUUCACAUCGAAAUUCAAGCUGCAUAUUUGACAGAUUUCAAUUCAAUUCAAAUAUAUUUCAGAUAUGUUUUUCCUGUUCUGCCUCCUGCUUUUGUGAACUGUUUUGAAGAGUGUAAUAAAAAGAUGCUUUCUAAUAUUAUUUUAUCAAAAUAUUUUUGUAGCAUAAUAUAUUAAUAAAAUGUUAUUAUAAAUCCAUAGCACAAUAA